AUGGAAGUAAAUCAAACUUUGCCAGUGGAACGACAGCCUGAAAUGGGGACAUAUCCUGGUGACCCUGUGUCCCUAAGUGGAGAAUUGCAUUCCAGCUGCCAAGAUCUUGAAACUUUAAUCAAAGGCUGCCCAAAUAUGGAACAGUUUGAACUAAUCACUCCCAAUUUCCAUUCUGUCUUCCACCGAGCUCUUGGUAUGUGUGUGAGAGAACAGAAUUUUUAUGCAUGUGAAUCUUCUCGGCAAUUACGUGAAAGCCAACUGGUAUGGAUAAGUUACUGGAAAAAUUUGCGUUACCUUCAGUUAACAGGCAUCCCAGAAAUCCGUCUUGGAACGUAUCUUAUUUCCAUUUGUAAACACUGUCAACAAUUAGAAACGUUACAUUUGGCACAACUUGGUUUAACUGGUCAUUGUACGUACCUGGCCAGUCUAUGUACAGCCUUGACUUAUUGCAAGUCACUUAAAGAUUUCAGGAUAGAGCAACCAAACAUGGUCUUAAAUGAAAACUUUUUCUGGUCCUUGGGGAAAUGUCCAAAACUUGAACGAGUGUGUGUGGCCAGUAAAGGAAGCACAUUCAACCCUUUCCAUCUGGAUCAAUUGUUGCAUUUUGCUCCAAAGUUAAUGGUGCUGAUGCUGUUUUCUGGAAUGUCUGAAGAUCAUUGCAAACGCAUACAAAGUGAUUUGACCAAAAAAUACAAGCCCCAACGUCCUGCCCUAUGGAUCAGUCUGUUCCCUUUGCAGCAUAUUGACCUCAGAGAUGCACUCAACUCUAUGCCAAUCAAACACUAUGAAGAACUUAUGUUGUUACGGUCACGGGUCAGUGUGAAGCCAGUUGGUUGGUGA